ACAUGACCGCCUCUCUGGCAACUGCUGCAGGAGCUUCAGCUAUGGGGCUCCGCUCGGGUUUGGGGUUCUUGAUGGGAGCAGCGCUGGUGACGGCAGCUGCGGCGACAUGCGGCUACCAGGUAAGGCGGUCUACGUCUGCACGGCUGUUAUGGGGAAAGCUAGGGUGUCCCACUAAAUUCUGGAUUCUGGCGCCAGAGAAUGGAGAAGGUUGUGCGGAAGGUUGAGAGGCGCGGCGGUCUAGGAGGUGCCUAUAUGGAGAGAGUGGGAUUCGUGAGGUCUAAAUGAAAAGGGAGGUCGUGCGGUGUGAGGAAACGGAGAGGACCCCCCGUUUAGGCUGCUCAAGAAAAAGAUCGUGAAGAAUCACUAAAGAAUUUUAUAUGGUAUUCUGCAGGAGUGCAGCAGUAGGGAUUUAUUUAAACCCAGGGUCCUUUUUGUAAUCCAUUGGGCAGGAAAACUGAGCAAAAUUAGCAAGGUGACCUGCUAUAAAUACGGCUAGGCCAUUACUUAACUGAAAAGAGGAAGCCUGGAGGAUUCUGUAAAGAAAACCCUUCGAGAAAGGAAGCACACUGAUGAGGGACUCAAGACUAUGCGUAUAGCUUUGUCAUUCUUCUUAAUUCGUCUGAAAUAACUGUUAGCUACUGUAUAACUAUUUAGAUCCUACAGCUGCACUCCCUAUAAGGAUGAGCUGAAAGGAGCAAGACAGUGCCACUCUGUAAAUUAGGCACGAGUGGAUGGUAAGAGAUAGUUGCUGAGGCCAGAAUACUCUAAAGGAGGAACCUGAGAAAGGGAGUGGGUUGUAGUCACGAGAAAAUUGUCAGAUGCACAAAGGAAAUGGGGGUGGGAGGUGUGGCCAAAUUGGGAAGAUUCAGCUACAGAAGAGACUGUUUUUGCACCUGGGACUGCCCACACAGUUCAGGUUUUAGUUUUGGUGCAGGGCUGAAGACUAAGAACACAAGAUUUGCCCCGCUUAGACCACACCAAGGUCUAUCUGUUCCUGGUAUUAACCACCUAUAUACUUUUGAUGGUCAUUCCUGAAUAUCCAGUAUUCUGAUGCAUCUGAGCAUAAUUUUAUUGAGCUAAUUUAGGUGUAGCUGACAUUGUGCUUUGCAGAUGCUGUUGGGCUACAGUUCCCACCAUCACUGACCAUUGGUCAUGCUGACUGGCACUGAUGGAAGUUGGGUGUUCAACACCUUCUGGAGGACACCAUGUUUGCUGCCCCUUGAUUUAUUUUAAAGCUAUGUAGGCUAGUGGCCACAAUCAUAUUCAGUGUUGGUUAAUUCCGUUGACAGUGUGAUUGAGAACCACCUUCAGCUUUCCACUGCUGUCCCCAAGGUUGUUUGGAUGGAAUCUGCUAAUCCAUUCUGCCUUUCCACAACUGCAAAUCUCCCAGAGAGCUGAUGAUUCUUAUUCUGUAAACACUGAUGUUUUUGAGAUGGGUUGAGAGCGUGGGCGGAUUAGGGAUUCAAGGCUGAGCGCUCUGGAAAGCUGAUUCAGUGUUUGUUAUUUCCCAAUUAGCAAUGUCCUUCAUGUUUGAUUUGCUACCUCACUUCCCUAUCUACUUAAUGUUGUUCCCUGGGCAACUCUCAGUCUGAAUACUGAGCAAACUUAAGUCAAGGUAAAAUCUCAGCUUAAUGGUAAGGAUUUGCUGAACUAACAAACUGAACUGGAAUACAAAAAAGGGAGGUACGAGGAGGUACGGGGAAAUAAGUGUAUGGAAGAUAUGCUAUGGAAAAUUAAUGUGUUUUUAACUGUUUUUAUUUUGUAUGUUUCUUUUUAUUUUUCAUUUCUUUGUUAUAUCUUAAUAAGGGUUUUGUUAUUCUUUUUUCUGUAUCUUGUAUUUUCUUGUAUUUUUUAUUUUUUGUUUUUGUGUAAUUCUUGUAUUUUUUGAAAUUUUAAUAAAUAUCAUUUAAAAAAAACAAAAAAAACCAAGGUAAAAUCUCCUUCCUGUCCCUCAGGUUCUGGGAAAUGGCUUCACUGAAGGUCAAAUACUUAGAGUCAUAGAAUCAUAGAAUCAUAGAGUUGGAAGAGACCACAAGGGCCAUCGAGUCCAACCCCCUGCCAAGCAGGAAACACCAGGAAACACUUAUCUUUGCACUCCUGAUUCUCCUCUGUUAGUAAAUUCUGUGCCUAUGCACUUCUCCACACUGGCAGCACAAAUGGUCAGCUUCACAUAGGCAAGGCACAAUAAACUGAGAUCAAAUGCCAGGGUCAGAUUGCUCACGGGGAGCAAGGUCUACUCUUGGAGUAAUGAAAUCCAGGCAACCUGUGAGACCUAUAACACCUGAAAGCGGUAAACUGUUUCUGUUUGCCAGUGCAGCACAGCAGAAACAUUCUAACUGUUAAUCUGAAUGUCCUCACUUUGUGGUUUCUACCCUUGCUUUGAGCAGUAUCUUUUGACCCUCCAACCAGAGCUCCGCAUUUUACAUGGAAGAGAGUUGUGUUAGUGCAAAGAUUAGUGCUAGUGCAAUGGAGUUUCCCCAGAUCUGCUCUGGAGAGUGGGAGAAACUGGGGCAGAUUUAUGGAGCAUGCAAGGCGAAAAACAUUCCACCACACAGGGAAAAAUCUUAGCUCUGACAGAACAUUAUACUUAGCUCUACACUGGGUACAACCCUAAACAUUUUAGGCAUCAGGGUUGUCUCAUCUCAAGUUUUCAAUAGAUAAUAUAUAUUUAUUCUGCCUUUAAUUUUCAUGAAUAACCUUUGAUUUCUGCUGUGUUACUUUAAGUGCUUCUAUUGUGUUUUUUGCGAAGUGUUUCUCUUUUUUAUCAACUGUAUAUUUUAUUGUUAGCUGCCUUCAAGCCUUGUGCUAAAAUGUGAGUUAGAUUUUUUUUUAAUAAAUAAAAUCAGUGCUAGAACAUUGUAGACCUCAUUAUCUGCUGUUCUGAAAUCUUCUGAAUUGUGCUUCUCUACAAGCAGCAAGGAAUUCUGGAUCCCAGCUAUUGUAAGCAAAGGGUUUAUAUUUCAGUAGAAAAAUUACUGUACCACUGAUACUGUAUGCAAAAUGUUUAGUUACCAAUAGUAUUAGCCAGUAGCGCUUCCCUAUCUUGUAGCUAGCAGGAAUUGUUUCUGCCUCCUUCACAGUUAUACUGAGUUAUACUACCUGUUUAGAUGACUGUGGCUUUCCUGUGGCAGAUUUUGAAAUGUUUCCUUGUGUAUAUAUUGUCUCUCCUGGCUCAGAAAUGUGCUCUCUCUCUCUCUCUCUCUCUCUCUCUCCCCCUCCUUUUAGUCCUGCCCGGUGACAAAGCCCGACAUGCUCAAUGUUCACCUUAUCCCCCACACACAUGAUGAUGUGGGCUGGCUGAAGACUGUGGAUCAGUAUUUCUUUGGAGGUGAGUUGAAACUGUGAAGUAAGCUUGUAAGCGGUCUCACAGCAAGGCCUGGCAAAAGGCUGUAAGUUUCUAGGAUCUGUACUUUAGGUUAAGCAAGAGCCCUUCUCUGAGUUUAGUGUUGAGUCUGUGAAACGUGGCUCUAGGCAUAGUAGACCAGUGUGGACAUGUUUGGAUUACUUUCCCUCCUUGAAACGGGGGAUCAGUCCACAGGGCUGGGCUGCCUCGACCUUUGACUGACUGGACCGUGUUGGGGGAAUGAUGCCCUAGUGGAGCAAAACCUUGUACCUCAUUUCCAACAGACAAUUGUGUUUAUAUAUGCCGUAAAAGGCAGUUUAGAUAUAUUUUCACAAGGUGUGAAAAAUGCAUUCAGAACUUGUUUAAAGCUCAGUAACCUUUGCAACAGUUCUCUAAGGUGCACACAUAUUAUUCACUCCAUGCUAGAAAUGAGGGUUGAGGUAAAGAGAUACAGUGGUACCUCAGUUUACUAACUUAAUCCGUUCCAGAAGUCCGUUCUUAAACUGAAACUGUUCUUAAACUGAGGCGCGCUUUCCCUAAUGAAGCCUCCCUCCGCCGGUGCCCUUCCACUGUUCGGAUUCCGUUCUUAGACCGAGGUAAAGUUUGCAAACCAGGACACUACUUCCGGUUUUGUGGAGUUCGUAAACCGAAUAGUUCAUGAACAGGGCUGUUCUUAAACCAAGGUACCACUGUAGUACUUUCUCUUAACUAUAGUUCACAGCUGAGGUAAAUUUUUAAAUCGGGGGCUUCUUGGCCUACAUGUCAUGCACUUCAUUUUGUGUUAGACCUGCUGGGUCUGAGCUGUAAAUUGCUGUUCAAGUAUGGAAUUGUCCAGCUUCUCUUUUGAACAAGAAGUCCAUAUGUUGUUUCCCACUGCCUCUGAGAAGAACCCACUGGGAGAUAAGCCUUAGUGCUUUCUAUGUCAACAUCCUGUUCUGAAAGCUGCAGGUUGGUGGGUGGAUUUUGCAUGUUUCCUUUCAAGGCCAGAACAGUGCCACAAUUGCAGAUAUUAGUUGUGACAGCUGUUUGACUGAGGAAUGACAGGAUAUUUGUAUGGUGCCACAUAAUGUGAAGUUCUCUGCAGGGACAUACGGUACAUAAAUAAAAUAAACAAACACAACCAUUAAAUGGGGAGUUACAUAAAUAUAACAAAAAAUAACAUACCACAAACAAAACAGAGGCCCGGAUUAUCUCCUAAUUUAUUUAAAUAUGAGAUUCUGCUCUUAGUUGUCUUCUUCAGGGGGGGACUUUCUUCCAUCUACCCAGUACCUGGAGAAUUUUUGGUCCAGGCAUGAGCUAUCUGAUUCCUCCUCACCUUCUCCCCAUCCCUUGUCCGUUGCCUUGCAGUCCGCAACGACAUCCAGCAUGCUGGGGUGCAGUACAUCUUGGACUCCGUCAUCCCGCAGCUACUGGCUGACCCCAGCAAGCGUUUCAUCUACGUGGAAGUGGUCUUCUUUGCCCGCUGGUGGGGACUGCAGACUGAAGCCAUGCGCCAGGCAGUGCGGCAGCUUGUUGCGGAGGGUAAGUGUGACGGGCAGAGUGGGGCCCCUGUCUCCGUUUCCCACCUGGCUUCUCUGUGCGCAUAAGGAAAACAGGGAGCUCUUUGCCUCUGGGGAUGGGGGAGCUUUCCUGAGGGAGAGUGGCAAGCAGGGAGCCAACUAGUUACUGUUUUAUUUGUUCCAUUUGUGAAACAUCUCAGAGAGGUUAACAAGAAAAAAAAUACAUAAAUGUAUGGGUUGCCAAGGCAGCAGAGCAGCUCAAAAGUCUUGCUGCAACUGAGGAAAUGAAGUGAGUGCCACUGCUUUCACUUGGCAUAGCCCAGAGAGAGCGCUCUCUCUGCCCCAUAUCUGUGCAAAAGCAUGCAGAUAUGGCUUCUCCUGCUCUGCUGUUCCUCUCACUCCCUCUCCCAUCUGCUGUGGGGCGAAAGCAGGGCCCUGCUUUCUCCAGUUGGCUGAGGUUGGAGGGAGUAGGGUAGCAAAAGCCAUGAGAGGGGAGCCUCCUUUGCUCAUUGGGGGCAAUAAAGAGGCAAGAGGAUAUUCUGGGCUGUGACCGGGCAACCUGGCCUAUUGGACUACAAUUCCCAUCACGCCUGACCAUUAACUAAGCUGCCUGGAGUGAUAGGAGUUGUAGUCUGGGACCCAGGUUCUAAGAACACUACCCAGAGGCUGUUUGUGGCAGAGGCUGCCAGUUGCUUUUUCACACCUGCUGUCACAUCUCCGCUUACCUGCCUAAACACCUCUUGCUCUCCUUCAGAGCAACAAUGGAAGGCAGCACAAGUCUUGUCCUGAUGGCCUCUCUCUUUUUUUCUCCACUCCUUGGUAGGGCGCCUGGAAUUUGUGAAUGGCGGGUGGUGCAUGAACGAUGAAGCAGCCGUACACUACAACCCAGUCAUUGACCAGAUGAGCCUCGGCCUCCAUUUCCUGAAAGAAACAUUUGGAGAAUGUGGCCGGCCCCGUGUGGCCUGGCACAUUGAUCCUUUUGGACACAGUCGGGAACAGGCCUCACUGUUUGCACAGGUCAGCCUCUGUUCCCAGGAUAUUCCUAUUGCACACAACAGCUACAGGAUUGUACUCUGUGUCUCCUCUUCCAGUCGCUGAGGGCUCACCCACUCUCUCUUCUCCUUCCCUCAAGAUGGGCUAUGAUGGUUUCUUUGUGGGCCGCAUUGACUACCAGGACAAGGCCCAGCGCGAGGCCUUGCGGGAGAUGGAGCAGCUGUGGCGUGGAAGCGGAAGCCUGCCUCCCCCUGCUGCUGAUCUCUUCACUGGUGAGCAAGGCUGACUUGUCAGACGUCUCUUAUUCUGAUUUGGUGGUCCCCAAUGUGGUGCUCAUGGGCACCAUAUCACCCUAAGACACCACUCUUGGUGCCUGCCAAGCUCCCCUGCCCCUCCCAGGUUAUUUUAAAUAACUGGGGCAGGGUUGGUUUGGUGGGAGAUUCUUUGGGUGAGUAUAGCCUGGCUGUUUUGGGGGAGUGUAACCUGGUUUCAUGUUUUGGCUUUGUAUUUUUUGGGGGUGUGUACAGGUACUUUAAAAGCUGGGGUGAGGAGGUAUUAGUAUGAGUAUCCUCUGUGAAUUAGGUAUUUUGUGGUGCUGACAGCAGUUUCAUAGAUUUCCAAAAUAUGCCAUGAGCCCCAGAAUAUGCCAUGAGCCCUGGCCAACCCACCAACAAAGCAGCUUAGUGCCUCCUGGGCAGCAAAGUUGUUUCCCCAAGCAAUCAAAUAACCAUAGAGACAGGAGUCUUCUUAAGGCUCCUCUUAUCCAGCCUCUCUCAGUAAUAUCGGUCUUGACUGUGUCUCAACAAUUGAUACCAUGUCUCUCUGUUUCUGUAUUAACUGUCUCUUUUCACACUUAGAUAUUCCCAAUUCUGAUUCCUCAGUAAAGUGUAUUUAUCCCAGUACCUCUUGGUAAUGCUCUCCUUGUUCUAUUCAGUCCUCCCUCUCUCUCUCUCUCUCUCUCUCUCUCUCUCUCUCUCUGGGUGGUUCUUCCCCAUGAUGGCUCUCGGCUUCCUCUUUUGUUGAAUGUGGCCUUGUAGGAUUCACCCUGCCUUUCUCAUUUACCAAGAACAUUCUGGUCAGAAAGCUCCCAUUUCUCCCAACUCUCUCUUGGCAGGUGUCCUGCCAAACGGCUACAACCCUCCCAUGUCUCUUUGUUGGGAUCAGAUCUGCUCGGACAACCCCAUUGUCGACGACGACAGUGAUGAGAACAACGUGGAGAGUAUCGUGGCAUAUUUCUUGGGGACGGCGGCGGCUCAGGUUAGAGCAAAGGGGACCAAGGGUUUGCAGCUCUGUCCUUAGUCAGGGGAGGGGAAAGGGAAUUAGUUUGCUAACAGCAAAGAUCUAAGACAACAGGAGACAACCACAGGCCUGACUUGACCCAUUGAGCCUUCCCAAGUAGCCUGCCAGCCCCUGACUUAAUUUUAUGGCAGUGCCACCAUGAGGGUGGGGAGGAGGAAGGGUUGGGAAGUGCACAAAGUGAGGGUGGUGUAACUAUUGGACAUGGAAACCACUGGAUGAAUACAAACUGAUUCCUGUAUUGAAAUAAUACAGGAAAAAUAUGGUUCAUAGGCUUUACUUACCGAACUUCACUCUAAACAACUUUUAAAAAUGAAGUUACAUUCGGAUAUUUGCAUAUUUCUUAUUCUGGUCCUUUGCAUAUUCCUUAUUCUGGUCCUAGCCCUAAAGCUACAGGUUUGUUACAAAUAUAUGUUACAAAUAUCUUGCAUCUUGAUCUAAGAUCGAAGCUCCUUCUCUUCUCCUUUGCAGCCUCCAUUAGCCUUGGACUAUUUGCUGGAGACAAGAGAUUCACACAUCCAUUCUCUUCAGUAGCUAAGAACAAAGAGGGCACUCCACCCAAGAUGGAUGCCUACAGAUUAGCAUAUGCCAAAGACCUGUAAUACAACCCUUUUCUUAUGACUGUGAGCUAAACAUCUUGUGACUGAGCUACAAAGAUACAGCCCCACUUAAUGAUUAAUCUGUUAGGCAAUUGUUCAGCUUCAUGGAAAUUCCCAGCCAUGCUUCACAGUGCAAUACAGGCAUAUUAUACAUUUCCAUUUCCAUGUAACUUCCAUCUCCAGCGCAGUAUUGGGUGGGUGGAGAAGUUUAAUCCUCCCAGUCUAUCCCAGUGUCAUAAAGGGGAUGCAGAUAUCCCAUCCCUCAGCUGAGACACUGUGUGUGUGUGUGUGUAUAAAGACAAAGACUGGUGUGGUUUUUUGUGUGUUUCUUUGAGAGUGGCUACCAUUGCCAACUCUGGUCCCACCCACUUUUUUUAGCCCACUUUUCAUAGGUACUUUCGGAGGAUUGGCAACAGGGCCUUAUGCCCCUCUAGGUCAAAAAAGCACUUCCCACCUGACAUAAGGCAACCUGUGGGUCAUUUCUGAAGAUGGUGUCUCACUAGUGCACAGGAUCAGACCAUUGAUCUAUCUAGCUCGGCACUGUCUCCCCUGACAAGCGGUGGCUCUCCAGGAUUUCAGAAAACCCUAUCUGGAUUUCUGUCCCUGCUGGGGAUCGAACCUGGGACUUUUUAAUGCAAAGCAGAUGCUCUUCCACUGAGCCACAGCUUUUCCCCACACUGAGCAGCUGAGAGCUGGUGUAGCAUAAUGGCACAGAGACUGAAGUACAAACUGAGAAGUCUGCAGUCUAAAUCUUGCCUCUUCUACUAGGUGGCCUUAGUUCAAGUCACUCUCUCUUAGCCUCAGCCUCUCCAUCUGCAGUGGUGGAGGAAUAAUAAUACUUUCUCUACAUGGUUGUUUUAAGGAUUGCAGCAAUAUAAAUGCACACGGUGCUUCGAACUCUUUAAAAAUAUAUAUAUUAAAUUUCCACAAAUUUCAUAUAAAAUUCUAAUACAUAACUUUUUCUUUUCUUUUCUCCGCUUUCCAUCCCAUUUUUUUGUGAUUUUUUUUUUUUUAAUUCUAUCCUGGUGCCUCACCCUGUCUUCAUUCUUUUAUAUCAAUAACCAUAAUACAAUAAUCUCUAAUUAUUUCUGUUGCUCAUAGUUCAAAUCCCGCUCAUGGAUUCAUCCUAUUACAUUUCUUUAAAUAGUUCGAAAAAGGCUUCCAUCCGUCCAUAAAACACAGUCCUUAUUAAGUUCCCUUAUUUUAGCUGCUGGCUUUGCUGAUUGGGCAUGGUCCGUUGCUUCACUUAUCCAUGGUGCUUUGAGCUCUUGGAAGCGUUACACAAAUGCUGCAGCAAGGCUGUUGUGGAGUCAGGAGACAGGCCAACUCUCAGCAUUCCUUCCUUUAGGCAAAACACUAUCGCACCAACCACAUUGUCAUGACAAUGGGAUCCGACUUCCAGUACGAGAAUGCCCUCCUCUGGUACAAGAACAUGGACAAGCUCAUCAAGCACGUCAAUGCAAAGGUAUUCCCGCUUUAUAUUUGUGGAGUCAUAUUCUCUGCUAAGCUUCCAGACUGUUUUCAAAGACAUACCCACCCCUUGACCAUGGUGUAGGACAGCACAUUCCGUAAUCCAAAGGUAAAGGUAAAAGACACCUGGACGGUUAAGUCAAGUCAAAGGCAACUAUGGGGUUGCGGCGCUCAUCUCGCUUUCAGGCCGAGGGAGCUGGCGUUUGUCCAUAGACAGCUUUCCAGGUCAUGUGGCCAGCAUGACUAAACCGCUUCUGGCGCAACGGAACACCAUGACAGAAACCAGAGUGCACAGAAAUGCCAUUUACCUUCUUGCCACAGCAGUACCUAUUUAUCUACUUGACUGGCAUGCUUUCGAACUGCUAGGUAGGCAGGAGCUGGGACAGAGCAACAGCAGCUCACCCCAUUUUGCGGAUUCGAACCGCCAAUCUUCUGAUCAGCAAGUCCAAGAGGCUCAGUGGUUUAGACCACAGCACCACCCGCAUCCCUAUAAUCUGAGCAGGAGGCCAGCAGGGCAUAGGUUUCUUAAGCCAGGCGGUUGCAUCUGGCAAUAGCCCUCGUGCCUCUGGUGACAAAGGUGGGUCAAGCUUUGGACCUGGUCCUUUUGCCAGGGAACCUGUGGCCUUCCAGGUGUAGUUGGCUUUCAGCUCCCAUCAGCUCCAGCCAGCAUAUGGCUGGCGGGAGCUAGAAAUCCCCAUUCCUACCUUAGAGGAAAAGCAGCCUCUACACACACAGUGAACAGGUUAAACAUAAAUUACUGCAGUAGUCAAAUGUCACAUUGACACAACCUCAGCCUUGUCUAGGCUGAACUUUCAGUGAAAAACAGAGAGGGAAAGCCUCUCUCCUCCUUCCCCCAGUCAGCUCUGGAACUGAGAAUGAGCCUCUUUCCUCAUUCACAUGCCAUAUUCUGGAAACGCUCGCUAGAGAGAUAUGACUUGGACCACGCUGAAAGAAAGCUAGAGCUGGCAUCGUGCCCUGUCUUUGCUGCAUAGCCGAUACAUGCCCUUCCUUUCCUCAGUGAGUGCUUGCCUGUUAAUUUCCCUCGCUUCUCUCUUGCAGCAAUUGAACGGGAGCCGCGUCAAUAUCCUCUACUCCACCCCAAGUUGCUACCUGUGGGAGCUCAAUAAGGCCAACAUAUCAUGGUGAGAGGGCUGGGUCUGGCUGGCUGGGCCGCCCGUGUUUGCAGCAGGAGCAUUUCCUUAGGGGCUGGCCGCCUCCUCCUCUUCCCCAAGCAGGUGCUUAAUUCUACCCCUGCGAGAAGGCUGCUGAAUGCUAGCAAGAGAGGGUGGGUUUCAACUGCAUGAGGGCUGUCUGUUUGAUAGGACGCAGCAUGUAGCUGCCAGAGGCACACCCUCCCCCCUCAAAAAAGAGUGUUCUUUUCUAUAGAUUCUUUCUAGGCCCAAACCCCUUUAGUGCCUGUUUCCCACUGUUGAACUGGGAGGGUUCAUCUGGCCGCCACACCUGCAUCCCUGCCAUCUACUUCCAUCUUUUUUGCGUGUUCUGUUGGGUUAAGGCCUUCUUGUUCCCCAAGCAGCUUGGUGACUUGAAGGAGUCUCCCCACGCUCACCAGGCUGAAGAUCUAAAGAGAGCACAAAUGCUCGCAGAGAGCACAGCCUUCAACAAAAGGGGAGAGCGUCACUGUAGUCCGAAGCAGAUUGCUCAGAAGGCACAAGCAUUUCCGCUUCCCUGAUGGAGCCAGCUGCUCCCUUCUCCCUCAGUGUGCUGUUCUGGGGAUUCUCCUAACCCCCACCCUCCUCUGAGCCAAUUUUCAGGGCUGAGGAGGGUGGGGGAGAAGCCCCAUUGAGCUAGUGGAAGUUCUUGCAGGGCUGGAGCUCAUUACUUGAAUCCCACCCAUUGAUUUUAUGUGCAAUCUGAAUUGCUUAAUGAGCUCAUUCCAUGCCAGUAACCUUCAUCGUGUACUUUGGGUACAUAGUAAAGUGGGAUUAUUGUUAAUAUUAAUCAUCAAAAGCAUUUAGUGUUUUACUUGUCUAGCCUUGUAAAGGUUAGCCACUUCCAUAUCAUAAGAUGGAAUACAGGGGCUGAUAGACACGCAGUCAGUCAGUGAAUCCCUGGCAGAAGAUGGAUUUGGCCUUGGGACGCCUCUCUCCAUGUCUUCACAUCCUGUGCUGACCACCUGCCGCAGGCUCCAUUUGAGGUGCUGGGGAGGGUGAUAGGCCAUACACAGGUAUAGAUCUUGGCUGAAAUGAAAUCUGCAUUGGGCAGGACUGUGAAAUAUGACGACUUCUUCCCAUAUGCUGACGGUCCUCACCAGUUCUGGACAGGCUACUUCACCAGCCGCCCGGCUUUGAAACGCUACGAGCGGCUCAGCAAUAACUUCCUGCAGGUCAGUGCUCAGUUGCGGGGGGGAAGGGGGGUUAGAAUACAAAAAAAUGGAGUAUUUUCCUCCCACAAGAUAUGGAGGGGAGAGGCAAAGAACCAGAACUCCUGGGUCCUGGUCCCGCUGCCAUCACGGACCCCUUAGGCUCAGGACAUACCUGACAGGCGAGCAUUUCUCGUGCCUCUGAUGCUGUUUCUUUACUUUUGCAGGUCUGCAACCAGCUCGAAGUGUUGGCUGGCGCACAAGCAAAUGUGGGGCCUUACGGCAAUGCCAGCAGUUCUGUGCUGCGUAGGUGAAAUCAUGAGGGUUUCGGCAGGGGUGGGUUCAUCCUGAUAUUACAGUAAGAGCCAGGAAACAGCAGUAGCUGCCAUGGUGGCUAUCAGAGGGUCUCAGCCAGGAUCUGGUCUAAAUUCUGAAUUAACUUGGAGAACGUGAUGAUUAUUCGUAAUUACCUGGCCUUCAGCCUAAGAUCCCAGGGCGGUUCACAACAUUAAAGCAUAGUAUUACAAGUUUAAAACAAUGUACAAUGACAAAAAUAAGAGGAGUCGUAAAAAUAUACACUUGCAGGUGUCAAAAGCCAAGGCAGAGGGCAGUGGUGUCUGUAUUGGAGAGCCAGUGAGUUGGGGUGGCCACUGUCUGCAUGUGUGAGCCAGCCUAUUGGGGUCCCAUCCCAGUGUCACGUGACACGCUCCUCUUUUUCUUGCAGGUCAGGCCAUGGGAGUUGCCCAGCACCACGAUGCAGUGACUGGCACAGCAAAGCAGCAUGUGACCAAUGACUACGCCAAACAGUUGUCUACCGGCUGGGAUGCCUGUGAGGUGUGUGCUCUGAACCAAGAAAGUGGCCGCCCGAUGUAUCUCACAUGCAGAUGUAUGUGAGCGUUACUGAAUGAAAAGAUGGAGGGCAGCCCUGGCUCCUCAGUCCUCUGCUCUCCUCCAAGAUGUUUGCUGAUGCCUUUCCUAGACCUGUAUUUAUUUAUUUAUCUGGAUCUUGCUUGUGCGAUGUUCUCUUUGCUGCCCUGGACUUCUUUUGGGUGGAAGGGUGUGUACAAAUAUAUAAAUGCGUGAAGUUGCUCUGUUUUCAGGACUUUGACCUUCCCUGGAGAUCUCCUUGUUAUGUUUCCGCACCUUUGCACAGGUGGCGAGAGUGGUUAACCUAUAGCUACCCUUUUCUCUGGCAGGUUGUGGUCAGCAAUGCCCUCACCAGUCUCGUUGGAAGCAAAGAGAACUUCAUCUAUUGCACCUAUCUUAACAUCAGUGUCUGCCUGCUGACUGAAGUUGCCUCUACUGUAAGGGACCAUCAUUUUUGUCUAGUCCCUUAUCCCACUGAACACUUGAAAUCUGUAACUUCCCUCUUUACCUCCAAGCAUCAAGGGUUGUGCCUUGGAAUUCGGGGGGACCUUCCAACACCAUCUCAGUUGGCUGGGCUCCUCUUGCAGUCAUUCAUUCCUUCCCUAACAUGUUGCUCUCUGCCCUUGCAGUUCAUGGUGAUCGUCUAUAACCCUCUGGCCCGCCCUGUGGGAUGGAACGUCCGGCUGCCGGUGAAUGGAAGCCAUUACUCCGUUUUAGAUCCUAGUGGCCAGGCUGUUCUGAAUGAGGUAGGAAGCAAACAGCCCCUGUUUCCCCUGUAGCUGGGGAUGCUUGAGGGGUAGAUAGAAUUGAAAUUGGCACUGUUUUCCUCACUGGGGCUGCCCGGUAAUGAAACAUUUGGUGGGGUGGCCAACGUAAGCCAAAGCUCUUGCCAACUUCCCAAUCCUCCCCCUGCUGCAAAAAUGCAGCUAACAGAGGGCUAAUUGUAUCAAAACUAAACAUCAGUGCUUGUCCACUAUCUUAGUGCUUCUCUACUCAAUGGCCAUGAAACUGAUGUCCCAUGUUGUAUGGAAUAUCACAACACCAAACUCCCCUGGGUUUUUCAAGAGAAGAGUAUCCCUUCCAGGUGCUCUGCUGUGUGGAAUGAAGAACUGUGCAAACUUUCUUUCCAGGUCAUUCCCGUAUCAAAUUUCACCCGUGCUGUUCGGCGUGAUCGGGGCGAUGCUGUCAAUGAGUUGGUGUUCCAGGCAUCUGCCCCACCGCUGGGCUACACCACUUACUCAGUCUCUAGACUGCCCGGCAAGGAGCCAGCGCGAUCCAGACUGCUGAAGAGGUUGCCCCACCAACCUGGAGCAGACCAGCUUUCUUGGUCAAUCCAGAAUGAGGUAUUCACCAAUCUCACCCUGACAUUUGGCUGACUCUGCUUCGGUCUUCCUGGUCUGGUCUUGCACACUCUUUUCCUAUGAGGCACAAGCCUUUCUUAGAAAACUUUCAAAGGGCAAUUUGUUUUUCUCAAGGAACAAAAUACUAUAACUUUGAGCAACAGAGAAAGCAGAGAUUCCCACACCUGAUUCCUACCAACAGUAAGUGGUAUUCAGCUAAGAGUUGGCUCAUUGUAAUUCAUGGAUGUGACUAAUUGAGGUUAAUUAACUUCAGUGGGUCGGUCUAUCCUGAGCAAAACUUGGUUGAAUACUACCAAAUAUCUGGAUUUUCAGUUCUCCAUUCCCAAAUGUCCAUUUUGGUGUAAACUUUAGACUAUUCUUUACAAAAGUGUUACCAGACCCCUGAAAUCGGAGCCAAACUAUGAGUUCAAUCUAUAGAAAGAAGUAUAACCCAAAUCUAUGAACUAAGACCAGUUCAGGAACAAAACAAGCUUUCUUGAGAAGUCAUCUUCCUUGGAGACAUUCGAGAAAGCACUGAAAAGAAAUCCAUCAGAGGCUCCUCCCUUGUUUACGACUUGGGUAGAAUGAGAUGAUCACAUGAUACACUUUUUCCUACUUUAAAACUUUUGUAGGGAUCUGUUUCUUGAAAGCAGACUUCCCUGGAACGACGUCACAUCUUUUCAUGCACAUCCAGAGUAAGAAUCUUUUCCAGACUGCAUCUCCUACAGCAAUUUUUUUCCUUUUCUCGUUCGCUCCUCCUCCUCCUUUCCCAGCAUCUACGAGUUCUGGUUGACCCCAAAACAGGACUCCUGAAGGAGAUUCAGAACCUGGAUAAGAACAUCUCGUUGCCAGUGUCUCAGAACUUUUUCUGGUGAGUUGUCUUCUGCUUUGAAAGGGAGAAGCUUUGGGAAGCAGUGUGGAGGGGAGCUCUCUACCUGGACUUCCUGGCUGCGAGCUGGACUCUCGCCUCAGUGGAAGGUAGAUAUUAAAGAUGGGCUGGCUGUCUUUAUACUUUCCUGCUUGAAUUAUUGGCAGUAGUUGGUGGGUAACUUGUUAUAGCUGCAUUAACCGGUUCUGUCCACUGGCUGACUUUUUCAGGUACAAUGCCAGCGCUGGGAAUGAAGAGAAUUCCCAGGCCUCUGGAGCCUAUAUCUUCCGCCCAGACACCUCUCAGACCUUCCCCAUUGCCAAGGGAGCCCAGGUGCACCAUGUGAAGGUAGGAAAAACCAGCAGAAGACGGUACAAAUACUGGCUGAGGGACGAUCAUAAGCCUAGAAGGGCUGCUAGCCUGUCCCCGUCACCAAGGGCCUGAAGAGCUUUGGAUCCAUUGUUAGAAGGAUGGUGGCCACAUCCAAGCUGGCUCUCUUAAGUGGUCUGUACCCUAAAUCCCACGUUCAUUAACAAUGAAUCCCACAACCAGAGCAUGCUGAAUGUCUUGUAUGGCUUUGCUGGGCAUUUUUGCAUAGUUUGGGCUGCAGGAACAGUGUUGCCUUGCCACUGAAUGCUCAGUGUUUCACUGUGGCCUAAAGAGACAGAAGAGAAUUGAAGUUGCAGCAUGGAGCCCAGGAGAUGAGAAAGUUAUGGCGAUAUAGGAGAGAAUGAGGAAGAGAUUGGAAGCUGUCACAGCUCCCAGCCCCAUUUUCAUGGAUGUUUUGUCAUGUAUAUUGGUUCAUGCAUACUGGUUCCAUUUUAAUUUCUGCGGUGGCCGAACUGCAGUUGCCAGGGCUUGGUAGUGAAAACGGGCUUUGUUCCUCCUUGGAUUUCUGCUGGUGGCUCUUGAGUGAUUGGGGAAGGCAGAUUCUGCUGCCAGACCCCAAGAAUAGAAGCAUCUAAUAUGUACAGCAGGAGUGGCUAACCAUUUCCAGGCCAAGGGCCACAUUGACCCUUGGACAGCCCACCAGGGGCCAAAGUGGGGAAGGCAAGAUCUGCUGUUCUCAAGGCUGAUACCCAGAAGACUUUUCCCAUCAGCUAGUCUACAUUAUUUAAAAUAAGUUUAUCAUUGCCAGGGUUUUGUGCAGGGAAGGGGGAAGCUGCAUGUUAGCCUCCUGGCUUAUAGUUCAUGCCUAUGCAAUUUCAAGCCUAAAGUUUCUCAUGCAUGUGUGGCAAUAGAGUGCCCUGGACUACUUUGGCUACCACUUUUGUAUGCCCAAAAGCCAACUUCUGCAAUUCCUUUCCUCCUUCACGCCCCCCCUUGUGCACAGUCUCCCCAACCCCAUCCGUGCCACUUUUUAUCGAUAGAAGGGGCUGCAUAUCGAUGACAGGAAAAUUAUAAAUAAAAGCUGCAUGUGUCUCUUAUCUGGCAGACCCAAGUGGUGGAGGAGCUGUACCAGAACUUCUCUGCCUGGUGCUCCCAGGUGGUGCGACUCUACGCUGGGCAGCCGUACGUUGAGCUGGAAUGGACGGUGGGGCCCAUCCCUAUCCAGUGAGUGUUAGGAAGCUGGGGGCAGGGGGGGGCCUUCCCCUUCUCUUCAGAGUACAUCUCUGACCUCCGGGUUGUCCCACAGUGACGGUCUUGGCAAGGAGAUCAUCAGCCGCUUCGAGACAGACCUGCAGACCGCUGGCCGCUUCUACACAGACUCCAACGGGCGUGAGAUCCUAGAGAGAAGGUACUGGCAGGAGCAGCAGGCAAAGUGAAGCAUUUGUGUCUUGGGACUGUCCCUCCAUAGCCUGGGCAGGAGCAGAGGAUGCUAAGAGCGCAGGGUGCAAGCUGCUCUUUCUCCAUCUUGACUCUUCCUCUCCCCCAUCUCCCAAUAGAUGUGUAAUGGGGAGGAUAAUACAUGCUUAUUCUAAGAAAUUCUAAUACAAUAGACAUGCACUUAGGAAGAAGUGUCUUAAUGUAGUUGCUGCUGCCAGCACCUUGGGGUCCAUUUUGCUCUGCCUCUACCCUUCCAUGUUUUGUUUUUCCUCACAAUAUCUGCCUGGGUGUGUCUGGGUUCCUAACUGGCUGAGGAAAGGCAGGAGGUUGAUAUUCCCCCUUCUCUUCUCUCUCUGCUCACCCUGGUGCAGGCGCAACUACAGGGCCACGUGGAACCUGAGCCAGACAGAGCCUGUGGCCGGCAACUACUACCCUGUCAACAGCCGUAUCUACAUCAAGGUAAUAGCACCCCUUGCGCACUGUGACGGGCCCACCUGCAGAUCUAUCAACCCGCACAGCGUAAUUGUGGGAAAUAUAGGGACAGGUGCUCCUCUGUUUCCAGUGAAGGUUUGGGGCAAAGGUUGAGGGAGGGGGCUGUGGGUUGUGUUCAAGUGUGGUGGGAAGGGGGGCUGAGAGAAAGGGCACACCUGCCCUUCCCUCCUGUAGCACCUAGCGAGCAGUGUGGCAGGAGGCUUUCUUAGUGUACACACGCAUGCAGCUCUGUCCUUGCUUUCUCUUUGAAUCGCUCCAGGACCAGAAGGUGCAGCUGACGGUGCUGACGGACCGCUCGCAGGGAGGCAGCAGCGUCUUUGACGGCUCUCUUGAGCUCAUGGUGAGCGCAGCAGGACUUCCAAGUAGCAAGAAGGGCAAACUGCCUCAGUAUCAGGCUUGGGAAGAGAAGGAACCACGGUCAAGUAGAGAGGCCCUCAUAGGCCGGGUGACUGGGGGCAUCCAGAGAAAGCAGAGAGCUACCCAGUCGGGAGUCACUGAGGAUGUGCAACUUUCACAUUUCCUUCUGGGCAAGCUUUUGAAGUCUCCAUGCCAGCGGUGGGCGGGGCCAGAGGCCAAAGUGGGUGGAGUAACAAAUGCUACCUUUGUGCAGUUGGCUUGUUAUACCUCUGCAUCUUGUAUCCAGACAGGAAGGUGGCCUUAUCAGACACUCGGGCUGCAAAGCAGGGGCAGGGAGGAAUAGGGCCUGAGGUGGAGAGACCUGAGGGUGGGGGAGCCCUACAUUCAGCCCCUGACCCUGAUGUUGCCCCCCCUGCCUUAAAUAAUAGUAAGGCCAAAGCUUAUACUGGUGACUCCAGUGAAGGAAUUGCUGGUUCUUCAGCAUCCUAGAGUGGCAAGCCCACUUUGUAGCACCAGGCCCUGUCAGCUGCAAGGCAAGCAAACCAGCCCGACCUGCAGUACUUCUCCCAACUUGCAUCGCCUCUCCCCCUUUCCUCCUUCGUGGUCUUCAGGUACAUCGACGGCUGCUGCAUGACGAUAGCCGGGGCGUAGGGGAGCCACUGCUGGAACCUGGCGACUUCCACCAUGGGCUGGUGGUGCGGGGUCGCCACCUCAUCCUCUUGGACACAGCAGAGUCGUCAGCUGAGCAGCACCGCCUGUGGGCCCAGCAGGAGUUCAUGGCACCACAGCUGGUGUUGGCCCCCGGCGAGGGGCCUGCAUACCAGCCUGGCCAGGACAACGUGAAGGAGGUGAGGGAACGGUUGGGAAAGCAAUGUAGUCAGUUGGCUGUGGCUGCCAGUUGCACGCACUCAAGGCCUUGCAUAUGCAGCUCUGUGGGCGAGCUCAUGCUUGGCAUGCAAAAUGGUCCCACCUCUGGCUAAAGAGGGCAGAGCUGGGAGUGGUCUCUGCCCCAACCUUUGGAAAGGUGCUCUCAUUCAAAGUCAAUGUGUUGAUGCUCACCUUUAAAGCCCUAAAUGGCCUCGGUCCAGUAUACCUGAAGGAGCGUCUCCACCCCCAUCGUUCUGCCCGGACACUGAGGUCUAGCGCCAAGGGCCUUCUGGCGGUUCCCUCCCUGCGAGAAGCCAAGUUACAGGGAACCAGGCAGAGGGCCUUCUCCGUAGUGGCGCCCACCCUGUGGAACGCCCUCCCACCAGAUGUCAAAGAGAAGAACAACUACCAGACUUUUAGAAGACUUCUGAAGGCAGCCCUCUUUAGGGAAACUUUUAAUGUUUAACAGACUACUAUAUUUUAAUACUUUGUUGGAAGCCGCCCAGAAUGGCUGGGGAAACCCAGCCAGAUGGGCGGGGUAUAAAUAAUUUAUUAUUAUUAUUAUGGUACUAGGCUAGAUAACCCAUGACUCUCCAAACAAGGCAGAUUCUCAUAUUGCUCUACAAGUCUGGGCCCAGAAUAUCUUGGGGAACACAUUUCUUUGUAUAAAUCACAUCCCACCCACUAGUCCACAAAACUUUCUUAGGAAAUGAUGUGAUCCAAAAAGAACAAUUCAUUGACAGGUGGGGACACAGAUGUUGUAUUCUUAGAAUGUGUUUCUUAUUCUUGAGCCCCUUUUACUGACUUUCACAACGUAUUUGUCUCACUGUUUUCUUACUUUAUUGCUUUGAAAUGGCUGAUCAGUAAAGUAAAAGCUAGUGAAUCUCAGCUCUGUUCUAAUUGGGUAGUGUCAUAUUACGAUGCUUGCCUGAUUGACUCUCUCCUUCCCCAAUCCCAGUUCUCUGCUCUGCACCAGGCUCUCCCUUCAAAUGUCCACUUGCUUACGCUGGCCCAAUGGGAGCCUGACUCCGUUCUCAUCCGUCUGGAGCACCAGUUUGAAAGGGGGGAGAGCGUCAAUGGCUCCAUGCCUGCUGUUGUUAACUUGCUGGUAGGUCUCUUUUGUAAUAUUCUUCACAUCCCUUUACAAGAAAGCCUAUAAGGCAUGCCAGCAUUUAUUUCUCUUGUCUUGCAGAUGAGGGAAGGAAGCUAGCUCACAAUGAGUGACUUACUGGAGGCACUCUAGUGAAUUUAUUGGCUGUUUAAGGAGUUUAGCACUGAGCUAUAACUUCAACUAACAGCAUGAUAUGGAAUCUCUUUGAGUUGUCACCAUAUCCUGUAUGGCUUUUAUCUCCACACCCUAGAACUUGUUCUCAUCUUUCAACAUCAUCAGUGUGCAAGAGAUGAACUUGGCUGCUAACCAGAAGCUGGAAGACGUGAACAGGCUGAUCUGGCAGCCAGCUGAAGGUAAACCUUCAACUCUGAAUGUGGCUACUGUGACAGACUUGAUGGGCCAUAUCUGUUGCUAUAAGAGGAAGAUGGCCAGCGGUGACCAAAAAUCCCACAAAUCACUGGGCAAUACCCUCUGCUAGAUCCAUUGAAACCAAGUUACUUAAGUCAAAUCCAUAGACUUCAGUGGGUCUACAAUGCAUGCGACCAUGGUGGCUCACUACUCUAAACUACAGUAGCACAGAACCCAUCUUCCUCUGAGGUAAUCCUUCACACCAACUAUAAUAAUUGGCUAUGUCUGUGCUUACAGCACUAAACUGCUUUGAUCCUUGUGUCCUAAGCAGCAGAGGUGUUCAUAAUGACAACGGUUCAUACGUGUAAGAAUGCUAUUGUGAAAAAAACAGCCUUUGGUCAAGCCAGUCUAUUCCACCUCUGGAACAGGGUGAAUUUGGUACCAUCCUGCUCAUGUGACUAUCAAUUAUAUAGAUAAAGGACCCCUGGACGGUUAAGUCCAAAGGUGACUAUAGGGUCAUGUGGCCAGCAUGACUAAACCACUUCUGGUGCAACAGAACGCCAUGAUGGAACCCAGAGCACACAGAGUGGGUGGUGCUGUGGUCUAAACCACGGCACCUCUUGGGCUUGCUGAUCGGUCGGCAGUUUGAAGCCGCGCAACGGAGUGAGCUCCUGUUGCUCUGUCACAACUUCUGCCAACCUAGCAGUUCAAAAGCACACCAGUGCAAGUAGAUAAAUAGGUACCACUGUGGUUAGAAGGUAAAUGGCAUUUCCAUGCGCUCUGGCUUCUGUCACAGUGUUCCGUUGCAUCAGAAGCGGUUUAGUCAUGCUGGCCACAUGACCCGGAAAGCUGUCUGUGGACAAACGCUGGCUCCCUCGGCCUGAAGUGAGAUGAGCCCUGCAACACUAUAGUCACCUUUGACUGGACUUAACCGUCCAGGGGUCCUUUACCUAAUUAUAUAACUGUCCCCCAAAGCUUCAUAAGAUUCCAGAAUUCCCUGAGUGUCUCAUAUAGAUAACCAUGCAUCACUGAAACCGUUUAGACCAAACUUACUGUGCAGUGGUUGCUUCUAAUGUUGUCAGAUUCUGAUUCUGGGUGUGUGAAUAAGAGGCAAAGAGCCUUUCAGAACAGUCUCCCCAAGGCAGAGGGGCUCAGUCCUGUUUCUUUCCCCCUUCCACUGACACUUGAAAUCCCAUAGGAAGCUGCCUAAUAUUAAGUCUGACCAGAGGCUCAUCUGCCUCAUUACUGUCUACACCAGGGGUCGGCAACCUAAGGCCCAUGGGCCACAAGUGGCCCAUGGCGGUCGUUUAACCAGCCCAUGAGCUGCCCCUGAACCGAGCCGCCCGCUCGGCGAAUCCCCGCAUGCUGCACUAAACCAGUGCAGCAUGGGGACUUGCUUUUGCAGCACCCGAAAUCGCGGGGGGGCGUGCCCAUGGAAGGAUCUCCGCUGGAGUGAACCGGGCCCAGGCAAGGUAAACCUUGCCAACCCCUGGUCUACACUGCCUAGCAGCAGCCCUCCAAAGCUCCAAGCAGCAACCUUUACUAGUUUUACCUGGAGGUGUUGAACCUGGGGCAAAGCAGAUGCUCUCCCAGUGACCUAUGGCCUUUCCUAUUAGAUUCCUAUUAGUUAUUCCUGCUGUAGCCUACAUGAAGAUACAAAGCUACUAGGUGAGGCAGAAGGUGUAUGCCCUUUUUUCCACCAGCACUGUUGCAGGGAUCUGUCCUUCCCUGUCAUAAGAUUGACUACCCUUGCCAGUUAGCUGGUAAUCAUCUGCAUGUAACUCACAGGCUUUCCACUAAAUGCUAGCUACUGACUCCCAGAUGCAAGGGACUUGAAGCCACAGGAUCAUGUAUGUAAGCUAAGACCAAUUGCAUUAAUUAGUCGACCAAAGGUACUUGUGCCAUUGCUUAUCUACUUCAUUAGAUGCACAAUUAGUCCUAUUGUUUCUUUCCAAAAGCGUCUUAUCGACAAGGGACUGGGGUUCCAAUAUUGUCUUUCCUAAACUCCUUCUAUCCACAGGAGCAGCAAAACAGCAGUCCAGAAGCAGGCUGGACCCAACACACAUUGCACUGCAACCCAUGGAGAUCCGGACAUUCCUGGCUCAUAUUCAGCACAAAACAAGGCCUGGCAGAGAGAUCUGAGCAGAGGGAUUAAUGUUCCACCUCUUACUCCGUCCAAAUGGAGUUGCAUCAAGCAAGGGCAGGACACUGCAGCUCUUGACAGGGCCUUUUCAAUGGAGAUGAAAUGAUUUCUCUCCAAGCCAAGACAUUCUCGUGGAGAGAGGAUUCUUUUAGGCUGCUAAAAGGCAGUAGAAUCAGCUUCUGUGAACUUCUGCAAUGAUUUUGGUGAAUAAGGGAUCACUGUAAAAUGCCUUUAGACUCCCUUUUCCUCCACACCUGCACACCAAAGAAACUUGGAUCAUUUUCAGGGGAGGGUGUGGAGUUGGUGGAGUACUUGGGCUACCGUAAGUGCAAUCAUUACCUUUUCAAUAAACCACUUAAAAACACGCUG